AUGGAUCCGCUUCCCUCCGCGGUCGCACUGCUACAGGUAAUGGACCUUCCUUAUUCUCAUAUUCCUAUUGCAGGCCGGUUAACCCUUUUUUCGUAACAGUGGUCUCAACUCACUCAGGAUCCUUGGAUCCUUCAGACGGUGUCCGGGUUCCACCUGGAUUUUUCAGUCGAACCAAUACAAAAUUUUCCUCCUACCCCAAUCAAAAUGUCACUGUUAGACGAGUCGACUCUACGGAGCGAACUCGACGAUCUAUUCACCAAGGGUGCGAUCGAAAGAGUUGUUGGCCCACAGAUCUUCAUAAGCAACAUGUUUCUAGUCAAGAAAAAAUCAGGAGGUCUACGACCUGUCAUCAACCUGAGAGAUCUGAACAAGUUCAUCGCAUACCGUCACUUCAAAAUGGAGGGGAUCCAUUUAUUGAGAGACCUACUCUCCGAGGGAGAUUGGUUCUCCCGCUUCGACCUAAAGGAUGCCUACCUAACGGUGCCGGUAACACCAGCACACCGCUGCCUCCUUCAGUUUCGUUGGGAACAAGCACUAUGGCAGUUCACAUGCCUCCCCUUCGGCCUAUCUUCUGCACCCUGGUGCUUUACCAAACUAAUGAAACCAGUGAUGGCCUUACUGCGCUCCCAAGGCAUCCGAUCCAUAAUCUAUCUGGACGAUAUCCUCCUCAUGGCACAAGACCAAGAAACUCUCCACCUUCAUACAAGCAUGACCUCCGCCCUAUUGCAGAAUCUUGGUUUCGUGAUCAAUCACCAGAAAUCAUCUCUAACACCGUCCCAGACGAUACAGUUCCUGAGAUUCCGGAUAGACUCUGUUCAAGCAGUCCUUCAACUUCCGGCAUCCAAAAUCAAAUCCAUCAAAAAAGACAUUCGGAGGUUACUGAUAUCACCACACCUCCGCCUGCGAGAUCUAGCCCGCACCAUUGGCUUGCUCUCCACCUCAAUACAGGCUAUAUUCCCUGCCCCACUGCACUACCGGGCACUGCAACGCCUGAAGACCCAAUACUUACAUCAGUCGACGUCCUACGACCAACAGAUCACACUCACGGACGAAGUCCGGCUCGAACUCCAUUGGUGGCUACAACAUAUGGACGCUUGGAAUGGAAGAGCCAUUUUCGGAUCCCAACCAAACUUCAUCCUGGAAUCGGAUGCAAGUCUGCUCGGAUGGGGCGCAACCUGCUCGGAAAGCUCUACAGGAGGACUCUGGUCCCACUCGGAACGAGCACUUCAUAUCAACUGCCUCGAACUGAUUGCAGGCUCAUUCGCAAUCUGCAGUUUCGCCAAAGAUGUCUACAACUGUUCCGUGGUGCUGAAGAUGGACAACGUGUCCGCAGUUCGUUACGUGAAUCAUCCAGGAGGUUCCAAAUCGAAGAUGCUUUCAGAUCUGACCAAAGAAUUAUAUCAGUUCUGCCUAGACAGGAAUAUCUCCCUGCGAGCGGAAUAUCUACCGGGAUCAGACAACCUCGUCGCAGACUGGUUCUCCCGACACUGGAGGGACUCCAGCGAUUGGCAUCUGAAUCCACAGAUAUUUCACCGUCUCCAGGUCUGCCGGGGGCCAUUCAACCUGGACCUCUUUGCAUCUCGCCUCAACAGGCAGACGGACGCCUUUUACAGCUGGUUGCCGGACCCAGCGUGCCUUGCAGUCGAUGCCUUCCUACAGACGUGGCCGAUGUCCGGGGCAUAUGCGUUCCCUCCAUUCUCCAUGAUUCCACGCACACUACAGCACCUCAAAACUCAGGGUGUCAAGAUAACACUAGUGACCCCGCUAUGGCGGGCCCAACCAUGGUAUCCUUACCUCCUGGAAAUGUCUGUGGACUUCCCCCUGCUGCUACCCAACGCCUGCAACCUCCUCAGAGACCCGACAGGCAACUUUCACCCAUUGGCAAUCCAGGAUCAUCUCCAACUAGUGGCUUGGACCAUUUCAGGGGAUCUUGGAAUGUCUCAGGCCUUUCGACAACUGCUCAGGGACUCCUUUGGGAUUCAUGGGCCCCGGGAACCAGACGUUCUUACAUCUCUGCAUGGCGUCUAUGGAGUUGCUGGUGCUUGGAAAGGAACCUUGAUCCCUUUUCAACAUCUAUAAUUAAUGUUAUCAAUUUCCUGUCGUCUCUGUUCUACCAGGGUAAAUCCUACCGGACCAUUAACGUGUUUCGGUCUGCUAUUUCUGCAGCGCACGUUCCUAUCGAAAGUUCUUCAGUAGGCAAACACCCUUCUGUCUGUAGACUCUUGCGGGGCAUCCGCAUCGCUAGACCCCCGACUCCCAAAUAUAAUCAAUUUUGGGACGUGGCCAUCAUGCUCACGUUCUUGGAAGCUUGGCCGGACAACGAGGCGCUCUCCCUACGCCAAUUGUCAGCCAAAUUAGCUCUCCUCCUUUGCUUGGUCUCCUUCCGAAGAGUUUCUGACAUCAGGGCUUUCGACUUUCAUGCCCUCGAUUUCACACCGGAAGGGGUGCACUUUCAUAUCACUAGACGCACCAAGACCAACUCAUCUACUGUGAGCUACCCUUACUUCUCGGAGAAACCCCUCCUCUGCGUAGCCCGGUGUAUAAGACACUAUAUCGCUCGUAUUACCCCUCUCAGAGCACCUACUGGGCCCCUCCUGGUAUCUUGUGUACGACCUCACAAACCAGUCUCGUGCCCUACCAUUAAAUGGCUUCUAGCCCUGGCUGGCAUUGAUGCAUCUUUCGGAGCUCACUCGGUUAGAGGCGCAGCCGCCUCCUCGGCACUCAUAGCUGGAGGUUCCUUAGCGGAGAUUCUAUCCUCCGCUGAUUGGUCUAGAGAAUCCACCUUCCGUACUUUUUAUUUUAGACAUUCUCCACACGUUUCUCUGUCCUUGCUAUCUGUGCGUUAAAAUAGCAAAUAUGAAGCCUCCUGUCUUGCCAUAAAAUUCGGGAUUAUUCUAGCUCCUAGUGACUGAAUAAUCUAAAUUUUAUUAAAGACAGGAGGCGAAUAUUUUCCCACCCUGGAUUCUCCUUACCCACCCUUUUAGGUAAGUAUCCUGCACUAUCUCCAGUUCUAACUAUGACCAGCAUCCUCUCUUUUCUCUAGCCUAUACUCAUUAGGUCAUUAUUAUAUGCUAAACCGCUUUCAAUUGUACAUUGGUUUAUUGUAUUCUAGGUGUGUCACUUACUCUACAUACCACAGAGUUAAUUAUCAUAAGUUAGAGCUUGCACUUAAAUUGGAAGUCAGUUCACUGCAUUUACUUUGACUUUUCUCUUGCCAAAGAGACCAUACUUUCACGAUGUUUCUCCUUCCUCCUAGUGUGAAGAUCAAUUGCCUUCUGUCUCGAAUCUACCUGCGGGUUGAUCACUACCUUCAUCCUACCGGAUACCUACACCGUUACCUGUUCAUCAUUUUUAAUGGUUCUACAUUUACAUGGUUGACUCUACGACUGUUCGGCUACAUCAAGAAAGAGGAAUUGGGAGGAGCCUGCUGACAGUUUAUAUUACUGUAAUGCAUACUGAUUGGUUAAACUUGUUACACUGCUGUUAACUGUUUCUUUGCUGCUGGGAGUUACAGUAAAGAAAGAUAAGCAAAUAUUCGCCUCCUGUCUUUAAUAAAAUUUAGAUUAUUCAGUCACUAGGAGCUAGAAUAAUCCCGAAUUUAUAAUUGUUAUUAUGAGUUAUCUCAAAAAAAAAAAAACUGGGGCAUGGUCCAUCCAAGUUAUGGAUCCUAUUUCAACCUUCUUGAUCUGUUCCAAAAUGUUUGACUGAGUUUCUAUAAGAGAGUAUCAUUCAUGUACUGCUGAAAAGAAAGUAUAUUCCCGAUCAUGUAACAGCUGCCAGAAAUCGUAUGAAGAGUUUGAUAUUAAAAAAUUCAAGAAAUCAUUGUUACAGGGUCUAUUAGUAUAUAUUUUAUUAUAUUUACUUUGAUUUUUGUCCAUCUUGGAAUUGACCACUGCGUUAAAGUCUUCUUCUAUAAUCAAGCUACCAAAUAUCCUCGGUUCUAUUUUAUUAUAUAAAUUGGUUAAGAAUUUUGAAGGGGUCUGGUUCGGAGCAUAGAUAUUUAUCAAAGAUUAUUCUAUAUCUUUUAGUUUUAUUAUAAGAAUUUGGUAACAACCAUUUUCAUCUAUAAUCUGAUGUAUUCAUUCUAUUUUAAUUAAUCCUAUCCAUUAUAAUAAUUGUCAUACCUUUUUUCUUCUUUGAGCCUAUCAAAUUUGCAUGGUAAACAUUAGAGUAUUUGUUACAUUUCCAUAUCUUAUUGUAAUCUAGAACCCAAUGUGUCUCCUGGAUCAUAAUGACAUUUAUUUAGUUUUGUAUUAAGAGAUUAUAAAUAUAUCAUCUUUUUUGGGGAGUAUUUAAACCUCACACAUUAAGUGUGGCAAACUUAAUUGACAUUGAUUUCAAUCUUCAGUUUCAAAUUUUCCUGCUACUCCUGGACACUACUAAACCAUAAAAACUAAGUCAUACACACUACAUAACAUUCUCACAUACCUAGAGCUGUUGACAUUUGACAUUCUGAUGCCACCCUGAUGCCACAGCACGGAUAUCUUGAGCACCAAGCUUUAUAUAUAGAUCAAGAUGUUCAGAGGAGAUGUCUUCACUUAUCCCUCGGAUUUCUAAAUUCUUUCUUCUUCCUCUGUCUUCCAAGUCUGUUACUUUACUUUCCAGAUAUUUAAUUCUCUCAUUUGUUUGUUCGUUUUCUGUUUGGAGUGUAUUGUAAUCAGAUUGAAUUUUAUUAAGCAUAUCUGCUUGUGUAGAUAAAGCUUCUGAAAGCUGAGAGACUUCUUUCUAAAGAUCUUGCAUAUUGGAUUCAAAAUCUUUUUUAUAUUAUCCGUCCAAUAGUUUUGAGAUAUUUUGUUGGGGUAUAGCUGGUUCUUUAAAUGAGAAAUCUUCUUCUGUCGUAAUAGAAGUAUGUUGGUCUGUUUCUAUUUGAGAGGCUGACGUCUCAUUACCUUGAGAGCUUAUCUUGGAUUCUGAAAUUGUUGACUUUGGAGAGUAAAGUGUGUUAAUUUGCUUACUUGUAGUAGUUGUGGUGGAGUUUUUGUCUUUAUCCUUCUUUAGGGCCAUAUUAUAUUUUCUUUGUCUUUUGUUAUUAGGAUAAUUACUCUUAUUCAUAGGAGAGUUAAAUUAGCUAGCCAGAUUAUUUCGCAUUAUAGUUAGUGGUUACAUUGUGUGUUUAAUACAGUGGAUCUCACAAUGGGUUUGAGUCUACACUAUAUUUUUACCUUUAUCUUAUUCUUUAAGUUUAUUUACUUAGCUUAUUAUGUACUGGUAUUUGUUUAUCUUUAAAUAGGUUCUUCAGGAUAUAUUACGAGAGAUUUUAGUUAUAAGAGGAUAGGUUUCUUCAAGAGAUUCAAAAAUCCUCUUUUUUAUGAGAACAGUCUAUAGAAGAAGUUUGUAAAGAAAUUUCUUUUCCUUUUUUUAUUUUUUAUUUUCCUUUCCCUUUCUUUCUCCCCCUUUUUAUAACCUUUUUUUUUCCUUUUUUUCUUUUUUUUUAAAUCCACCUUUGUUUUUAAGUGCCUUUCUCCUUUCCUUUUUUCUAUUUUUUCUUUUCCUUUAAAAUUUGUUCCCUUUAUUUAUUUUUCUUUCUUUUUUAUUAAUUAUCUUCUUUCAGCUUAUUACUUUUCAGGUUUUUUUUUUUUUUAUAGCAAUUAGCUUGCUUUACAUCAGCACAUAUAUAUCAACGCAUAUAUUGAAUUCUGAAUUUAAUUGUAGCUUUACCAGAUUAAUCUGUGGUGAUUGAAUCAACAUUUUGAUAUAAACCAGCAGAGGGUUACCACAGUUAAUUUAUGUAUAUGUCGAAUUUAUCUUCACCUGCUAUUUCGCUCCUUUAAUAACUCUCUUAGUAUCUUUUGUUAUUCCUCUCCGUUUUUAGUUAACGGCUUUUAUCCCACCACUCCUUCUCCUUCGUUUACCAACUUUAAAUACCCCUUUACUUGUUUGCUUGCCACGUGUCUCGGCCUCGUUUCAUCGUUUCUCCGUGGAACCCAGUCUGAACCUACUGGCUCCAAAGUAUGGUCCGCUAAUAUCCGCUAUCAGCACUUUCCUGCUAAACUCCUCCACCUCCAGUACACUGAUGUAGCUCGUCUCCCCCAUUCAAUUGAGAGUAUCAGCUCAAACAUUUGAGACUCUCGAUAUCUCCUGCUUGUCGGAUCACUAAGGCUCGGUGCUCAAGCCGCGAGUGUGCGAGCGUGCAGCGUCAUCACGUCAUCGCUCGAGUACCAGUUUUUUUUUUUUUACCCUGGCGCUGGUUCUAUGGUUGUUGUCCCUUGCACCACUUUUGGUAGGUACUAGCCACUGCAUAGUACACCCCUUCAAGACUUGCUUUUUUGCUCUGGAGAUGUCACAGUUUUCUAGCCAUCAAUAUUUAAAAGGACAGCAUAGGCAUCUAAACAAACUUAGCUUAAUGAAGUUUUAGUGUAUAGAUCAUGUCUCCACAGUCUCACUACUCAAUUAUCUGCAAUUUAGGAGUUAAAUCACAUUUGUUUCUGUUUCUAUAGCUCUUGCCAACCUUUAAUUAAAUUGGGUGUUAACUUACUUUAGAAGUAUUUAUCUACUGUGCAAUAAAGUAAUUUUAAAGGAUCACUAUAGGGUCAGGAACACGUCAGACGUACACGUAUUAAAAUAUGUCUGACGUGUGCAGGAGAGAGAAGGCACGGUGUGCAUAAAUGCCGCCCUAUGAAGUAUGUGCGCAUGUGCGGCAAAGCCGCGCAUGCGCACAAGGGAGCAAUGACGCUUCCAAAUGGAAGCGUCUGAUUGCUCCCUGCUCAAAAUAAGGGUCUACAGAUAUAUAUAUAUAAAUAUCUCACAUCACCCUAUCACGAACAGCUGUAUCCCUAAAGCCUUGUGUGUGUGUGUGUGUGUGUGUAUGUAUAUAUAUAUGUUGUAUUCAAGCCUGCAGCUGUGCCACUGCCCCUGACCUGCCUGCAUGCCAGACAUCAUAAGAAAAAAACGGUUCUUUCCCAUAGAAUUGGCUGAGACUGUCAAGGGGGCAAAUCAGGGGCAGAACCAGCACAGAGAAGCACAGCCCUAGCCAAUCAGCAUCUCCUCAUAGAGAUUCAUUGAAUCAAUUCAUCUCUACGGGGAAAGUUCAGAGUUUGCAUGCAGAGGGUGGAGAUACUGAAUGGCAGUACUGCACAGUAUGCAGCACUGCCACAGGAAGCACAUCUAGUAGCCAUCUGAGGUGUGGCCAGGGGAUGUAUCACUAGGCUGCAUUUUCUCUGAAAAGACAGUGUUUACUGCAAAAAGUAAUAAGAAAAUUAUUAAUAGUAGUCUUUGGUAGUCUCCUUGUUAUGGAUCUGUUAAAUAAGCCUGCAAAUUUGUUCAUCUACAGGAGAAACUUGUAAUUAAACUCACAUUUUCCGCUAACUGCUUUAUUGAUAAGUGAUGUAUAUUUCACUAUCACUUGGCAUUAUUUGUAUGCGUAAUAACAAAGCACACAUCUAUAGUAAUAACAACCUUUGCUCUACUGAAUCAAAUCCAAUUAAGGGAUCAAAUUUAGCACAACAUAUUUCUGUAGAUCUGUUAUAAACCUGCCCUAUUGUUUAAAAUAUGAACUGUGGUAUGGCUGAUUCUUCAUCUUGGUUGAUUUUAUUUUUGAUUGAUAUUAUGUUGAAUAAUAAAAACUUUUUCGGCACUGCUGAGACUAAGCUCACUAUAUGAGAUUUAUAUAUAUUUCAGUCAGUUGGGUUGUGUUCUUGCUUCUUAUAUCUUGUUUGUUUAAUUUUUUGGGACUUUAAACGAUUACUCUAACCAUCAUAAUCACUACAGCCCACUGUGAAGAGUACCCUGGCACCAUUUCCAGAUUAUGGGAAAAACAACGGUUUGCUUUCUUACCUGGUCCUUUAGGGUUCCAGUCUUUCCUGAAGUUGUGUUUCUGACAUCUAUGCCAAUCCUGCCACUCAUUCAUUGGCCAAGAGUGACUGUUCUCAGAAUUGCACAGAAUUGACAUUAGCCAGAUCAGAAUUUUAGUUACAUCUCUGGCACCAAAUGGGUUAAAGUCAAUAUGCGCAGUAUUUCAACGCAAAACACUGCACAUGCAGACUGUGUGCACCAUAACCACUGUACAUUAUUGAAGUGGUCAUUGUGGCUGGAGUAACCCUUUAAUAUUUUUUGUUCACAAGAAUAAAAACACAAUGUGAUUUAUGCAGAAAGAAUUGAUUUAUCAUCCAUAUUUUAAAUAAAUGUCAUCUAAAAAAAAUAAUCAGAUGAGGUCUGCUCAAAAAGGAUAGCUAAGUAGGAAAGAAAAAAAUGACCUCAUCGAAUGGAGAAUGGAGCCCUGAAAGAAAAUGUUGUUUCUCUGCAGUGUGGAGACCAGUAUUGCUAAGUGUGGCCAAAUUUUCAAAGUAAUCUUUAUAAAAAUGUUAACGUAGGGCAGGGCCGGACUGGCCCACCAGAAUACAUUAUAUUCCGUCCCCGGUCUCAUUAAGCUGCACGCUGGGGAGCAGAGCAGAGACAGUACAGCUCCCCCUGCGGUCGCCAGAACAGAUAGCAAUUAUGUGUGUCAGUCUGUCAGUGUGAGUGUAUGUGUGUAUGUCUGUGUCAUGGUGUGUACAUUUGUCUGUGUCAUGAUGUGUGUGUGUGUGUGUGUGUGUCAUGAUGUGUGUCUGUCUGUCUGUGUCAUGGUGUAUGUGUGUGUCUGAUAUGGUGUAUGUGUGUGUGUCUGUGUGUGUGUGUUUUUUAAAAAAGUGUUUUUUCUCACCUUUUUUUUUCCCAUGCCGUGCUGGUCCCCCCUCGAUUGGCACUGCCUCUAUGACUGAGAUCAUCAAGCUUGAUGAUCUCAGCCAAUCCACACUGACACAGGAAGCACCUCUAGUGACCCUCUGAGUGUCUGUCUAGAGGUGUCACUAGGAAGCAUUGUAAACAUUGCAUUUUCUCUGAAAAGUCAAUGUUUACAUUGAAAAGCCUGCUGCGUGUGUGUGUGUGCGCCUGCUAGUGAGUGAGCUUGCUUGCAUGUGUUUGUGCGUGUGCCUGAUAGUGAAUGAGCUUGUGUUUAUGUCAAUGAACAUAUGUAUAUCAGUGAGAUUGUUUGUCUAUGAGGCUGUGUAUCAAUGAGCUUGUGUGUGUCAGUAAGAUUGUCUGUGUCUGCAUGUGAGUAUGCUUACUGUAUAAUUAAACGUUUUACUCUGAAAGGUCCAAUAUUUUAUAUUAGAAAAUGCAAUAUAUAUAUAUAUAUAUAUAUAUAUAUAUAUAUAUUACUCAAUCAUCUGGGGUGGCAAGACAUAGCCUUACAUAUUACAUACGACAAUAUAUGGCGCAAUGACUUAUGGGGCUGGCAUAGAUUUUUUUUCCAGGGCUGCUUUGUAUCCACAUUCCGGCCCUGACGUAGGGUACAUGCCAAACAUUCUAAUGACAUUAGUGCUGAUGACAGUUUGCAUACCACGGGGGUUUAGCAUCCACAAGCAUAAACAGUUAUUGAGAGGAUUAUCCCACUUCUGUUAAAAACUAUUCAAUUUUUUUUGCCACAUAUUGAUAACAUAAUUUCACCAACAUACAGUAUAACAUGCUCACAAAGUAUCUAACCACUGUACAAAGUUGCAUUUUAACAAGACUAUAUUAAAGGACCUUUGACUUAUUGAAUAGGGAAUCUGCUUAGUUCAAUAACUAAGCUAUGUUAGUAGAAAUUGUAGACACCACCCGUUAACUUAUAACAUAUCAUUUAAUGUGAUAUUCAAAUAAUUUCAGCUUAAAGGGAUACUUCUGUUGGAAUUGCCUUACUGUUUGUUUAAUUCUUAUAUAUACAUAAAAAAAUGAAGGAAAAAAAAACAAUAAAGUCGAAGUUAUGAAGAUAAUUAAAAUAUAUUUAUAAUCCCUAGUAUUUCAGGUUCUACCGUGAGCUCUCAACAUAUCAAGUAAUUCAGCUAAUAAUCAAAUUCACGUAAUAUUUAUAUAAUACUGCUAACACACACACACACACACACACACACAUUACUGCAAUUAGUUUGGCACAUCACUUGUGAUACGAUUAUUUAAUAAUAAUUUGAGCAGCUGUCAUAUAAUUUGCAUUUCUUUACACAUAUUAUGCAUAUGCUUAUUGUGUUGUAGUUGUACUAUUUCGAACUGUAUCUCAUUCAUACCAAAAUAUAAAUUUCACUCCAAAGAGCAUGCAGGUGUCAGUCACAAAAUAGCAGAUGCUGAAAAUGGGAAACCUGUCAAAAAUAAAACAUGAAUAUGAACAAUUUUCCUAAAAUGACAGAUUAUCUGAAAUCAAUAAAUAUCUUUGGAGUUAGUGGAAAUAUUAUAGGGGGAAUGAAUGCUGUAACAUUAAUUAAAGGAAGGACAUUACAAUACAUUAGAAAAAGAUUUUAAUCAUGACCUGGGGGGGCAUAGCUAAAACUUGAAUGUGAUUCUUUCAUGAAAUCUAAAUGAAAGAUCUGAUCUCCACACAGUGACAUGAUUGACAGCAGUGUGUUUUAGAUAAUCUUGAUAUGUUAGAGGAGAACUGUCACUGAUAAUCCAUUCACUAUAAAUUAUCUGCACGCUUGAGCAUCUUUUUCCACAUUGAAAUUCAAACAUAUGCACACUUCAGCAUUCCACAGUGCCAUAUGCAUGUUCUCACACUAACCUUUAUUUUCUCUUAGGUCCAUAACUUUGCAGUGACAUUUCUAUCGCAGUGCUAAGAUAGCAUUCACCACCAUAUACGAUGAAUAAAUUACAUAUAUGAUCCCAUAGUGGCCAACGUGUUCUAUUUCCUCAAAGAAUAGAGGCUGAGGGGUCAACAGUUAGCACAAUUUAUGUGGACUGGCUACUGAAUCGUGUUAUUGUUCCUUCCUACUCACUCACUUGAUGUUCCUCAGGAGUGCUACCUUUCCACCUUUUUCCCUAAAUAUAUCAGCAUUGGUUUGUCUUCACUAACCUUACUUGCCAGUUAAAUUAAUUUUAACUUAAAAUACUUACUUACAAAAUACAGUGAGGACUGUCAGUAUGAAUAUGUUCCUCAUAUCUGCCAACAAGAAAGCAGGCUACUUAGCAGGGUAUAACUAACCAAUGAAAUGGGUGGGUAUGCCAAAAAAAAGUGUAUUGGACUGCCCCUCAAGUGAGUGGCAAAGCUGAUUGGCAUACACUUUUCAAAGCAGACCAAUGCACAGAGUGCAGCUGUGGUGGUGCUAUUUUGAUGGUUCUAGUUCCCACUUCACAGAUGCAUCCUGAAAUCUAUAAAGGAAGUAAGGAGAACAAGCACUCCUCAUAAUUGCUGAUCACCCAUAGAAUAUCUCACCCCGUUGCCCAAUAACACACGUCAGACCUUAUUAUGUUGGGUAAAGGCAACGGCCACAGCUUUAUUGAUUAUUCAUGCCAGCAAGUCCUUUUCACUUUCGGCUGUUGGGGUGGUUCACCAACAGACAGGUCUAUUCCAUCAAUCCAUGAGUUCAGAACAGCCUGCCUCCACCAUCAGCUCCCAGCAGGCUGCGACUCCCCAAGCCUCCUCAGCACCUUCUUCCACUUCUGCCUGCGCUGGCUAGGACUCCCACCACCGUGAUUGGCAAUGUUAGUUCGAGCCCCUUGUCGCUAUCGCGCCCCCCGCAGACAGCGCAGCCUCAAUCCCGUUCUGCAGACCCGCGUUAAAAAUAUCCAACCCGAUGUCAUUUAAAUGUACCCCGUCCUUUCUCAUCAAAUUUAAGUUGUCUCCCUCAAGCUCCACGUGCCUAACAACGACGCCACCCAGCCGACGCACAAACUUUCCCACUGCAAUAUUCAGCUUGCGCCGGCUCUUCUCCAACCCGCGAGCGUGCGGCAACGCGCUCCAUCACGGCCUGGAAACCACCUCGGACCAAACCAAGGUCAUGUCCAAAAAGAGUGCCAUACACCUAGCCAGGUCGUUCCAGAUCGCAUGGAGUAGGUUGAUGGUCCUAGCCCGGCCUAAAUCGUUUCCGCCGGUGUGGACAAUCAACACCGCAGGCCCGGAGACAAACUUACGCAGCGCUACACAUUCCAGGUAUACCUGUUGUAAGAGGAGACCCCGCACACCCUUCCAUCUGACCCGAGCAACCUCAAAUGAGAACCCCAAAUUCCGUCCAUAGGAUUGGUCUUCUGCUCGUCGAGCAGCCCAGUAUAUGUAGGAGUGCCCUAAAAUCCACACAUACCAGGGCCUCGCACCUAGAACAAGAAGAGCAUUACAACAUUUGAGGUCGGACAUAAGACUUAAAGUGCCCCGACUCCCAUCUCCCGAUGCGCUUAAUGCCCGCUGCCGAGUAGCCCAACAGACUCGCCUGAGUAGCCGCUCCAAUCCGAAAGGAAUGAGCCGAGAUCCCUUGGGCAUCCACGCCAAUGGCUGCCAAGGCCCUCCGAAGCAUCGCGGUGAACUAGUACCGAGUGAGAGGUGACCCAUGCGCAUGAACUAGCAGAGGGCCCCCCCCUUUGUGACCGCACCCUUAGAAACCCGAGAAAAUCCCCAACCAGACAGACCUCGUUCCUGGUAGACCCAAUGCAUACCCAAGCGCCGUGAGCUUCACGAUCCGUCUUGGACCGACGGACGAAAAUGUCGACAGAAGACUCCGACCACCUGACCUCCAACAGUGGCAACGGAGAAGCUGCCCUCCUGCUGGGAGCUACCAGCUCGCCAAUGCGGAAAGCCCCAAAAAACAAAAAAAGAAGGCCAAGCAAAAUAAGAGGGACUCGAACUCCGAAGCACAGACUGUCGGCAAGGCAGCGAGAAUCCGGCGCAAAGUGGCCACGGAAAUCGGGCGAUGAUGAUCCGGGCACUGUGAAGCCUCCAUCCCUGCAGAACCCUCUGUAUCCCAAAUUCUUUGGUAAGAUCACGCCAUCUCAUAAAGCGAAACAGAAAGGACAGCGCCAUCAGCGCCUUCUCCGCCGCAGCACAAGACUUACUUCGUUUGAGCAUACUGUCCAACAACAACAAGGUCGCCUCGAGACGCCCGGGUUCUGAUGUCACUCCCCCGUCACCACCCGCUGUCGACAACCAUUGUCCCAAUAUGGUCUGGUAUGCCUUCCAUGAAGACUCUGCCAAGGAAUCUGUUACCAAGCCCAUCAGGCUUUGAAAUCGAGAUUCCAUAAGGACUCUGGACAGGUCCAACAGAUCUGCCUUGUUUGCGGCGCUGCCUCCCGAAAACGAUCCCACUGCAAUCGACAUAAUGCAUCAGCCUCCACAUUUUCCAACCUCGGGACAUGACAAGCCUGAACCCAUACAUUAAAUUGCAAACUGAGCAGGACCAGCCGUCGCAGCAGCGCCAAAACCGGAGGAGAGGAAGAGGACGACCGAGUAAUCACAUGGACAACACUCAUGUUGUCCGUGUGAAAAACCACCAUAUGAUUUCUGCCAUUCGUCGGGCCAUGCUCCCGCACACCACUGACACCGAAAAUAUGCCCCAAAACCGACGGACCCUGAGGCAUCUGUGAAGAGAUCCAAUGCCGCGCUCGGGGUGGCAUCCCUCAGCCAGCAGGAAUGCCCGUUGUAACAGCGGAAGAAGGCACUCCACACCUCCAGAUCCGCCCGCAGGUGCUACGUGAUCCGAAUGUAGUGGAAGGGCUCCCUCACCCCAACCGUUGACAACGACAAUCUGCGAUAGAAUGCCCGACCCAUCGGCAGCACUCUACAUGCGAAUACCAAAUGCCGAGUAGACCCUGCAUUUGGCGCAGCUGGACCUUUCUUGAACCCUUAACUAAGUCGACCAGUUGCAACAAAACCACGAGCUUGUCGUUCGGGAGACGAAAAACCAUCCGGACAGUGUGAAUUUAAAUUCCCAAGAACGACAGGACUGACACCAGGCUGACCGUCUUCUGCUCCGCAACUGGAACCCCGAAGCCUAACGGCACUUGUCGGAAAGCCUGUAACAAGGAAGCACACUCCCCCGAACCCACCGGGCCAACGAACAAAAAAUCAUCCAGGUAAUGGGUUACGGAUACCAAACCUGACAUGCGCGUUGUAACCCACUCCAAAAAGGAUGCAAACAGUUCAAAAUAAUAACAAGAAAUGGAACAUGUCAUAAUAAUAAAACCCGUUACGAAACAACCGAACAAGUGAAAACAAGCCGGGUGAACCGGCAACAGUCAAAAAGUGGAUUCGAUGUCCAAUUUUUCCAACAAGGCAUCCUGUCCUGCCCGCCAUAGAAGCCGCAACGCUGAGUCAAAGGAAGCGUAACGCACCCUACACACUUCCUUAUCUAUUUUAUUGUUGACCGAUCCCCCCUCAGUGUAGGAGAGAUGAUGAAUCAACCGGAAAGCCGCAGGUUCCUUUCUGGGAACCAAACCCAGAGGGGACACCCUCAAGUUGUGAAAAGGGGGGGAACCAAAGGGGCCAGCAAUCCAUCCCUGAUGAACCUCGGCAUCCAGUUUUUCCCGCAACAAAUCCUCCUUCCCCCGAAUUGAACGCCUAUUCGAAGCAAACUGACUCUCCUCCGACUCCACAAACGGGACCAAAAACCCACCAUGAACCCGUCGAAUAACAUUUCUGCAACACCCCGCUUAGGGUACCGGUCAAGCCACGGGCGCAUCCUUCCCACGUUCACCGGCGUCCUCCCCGUGAGAAACGUUGUCCCGACCAAUGCCCGGAAACAGCGUAACGCGGGAUGGGCUCCCCCAUCCCCCAGAAUCUGCAGGAGCUAAACCACUUACAAUGGCUUUCAUUGAAGAGCCAACAGACUCCUUUUCUAUAACCCGUCGGCAGUCCCAGGAGAGGGGCGGCACGGGGUCAUCAGUAGCAGCCACAGGCUGCCAUCCUGUACCCCAAAGUCCAUGCCCGAGCACGCCGCCAUCUUCUGGUGGAAUUGCUGAUCAUAUUUAAACCAGCAUUGAUCACCAUACACUUUGUAUGCCCCCUCAAAUCAAAUCCAGAUAACCGAACAACGAGGGGGCCCGCUCAGGGAAGCGACACACUAAGAUACUUGCAAAGAUGUUGAAUCCUUGCAACCAGUUAUCAAAAGUACACAGGAUAGCCUUAUCCUUCUCUCCUUCCAACUGCUCGCCACGCCGUGGUCUGUCCACCGACUCCUUGUCCGGCAGCACUAGCAAAAGGAGAUCCACAAACUCACCGCGCACAAUCCUAUCCUGUACGUCGGCGGGAAUGUGCAAUCCUAAAGGAGCCAACUCACACCCAGGGAGACACGGACUAAUCCCUUGCCCACUGGUAGAAGCCUGCCCUAACGUCCCUGACCCAUUCCCCUUAGCCUGUCCACCCACUAACAACCUAAGCAGGCGCAACACCUCACUAUCCUGCCCAGAGCCCCAGCAGAACCCCAGUCGCUAGUGCAGGCAAACUCAUCGAAUUGCGGCAGGUGCACUGGUCCUUGUUCCUCCUGACCGGCUCUCUCCUCUUCUGAGUCCUCCUCCGACUCGCCAUGGAGCCUCCCAGCUUCCAGGGGUGCUGCAGCCAACACGGUCUCCAGACCGCCGGUAUCCAGGCUUCUUGACCUCGGGACUGCCACCCGAGACGCGGCACACGUGCGCCAUUCUGGUCCAAUACCUGCUUCCUGGUUCCAGGUGGACGUCCAACAACUUCCGGUGCGGGCGCCCACUUCCGGGUACAUCACGGAGCCAUCUUCUGACCUCACUUCCGGCAUCGCUCCAGUUCGUGCCCGAUGUCCUUCCCGCCGAGACUCCGUCUUGCGGCUGGCUGCCGGAUCCGACCGCAGCAGCUCACAGAGAUGCUGUAAGGCUCGGCCCGGGUACGCCAGCCUCCUCCGACCUCCUGCAGCCAUCUCCUCCUCUCCUCACCGGGCUUGGAGACAGGCGCAUUGGUGCCCUGGAGCGCCUGGCCCGCCGACCGCCAUCCACGGGCACCGAUGCCUCCCUGGAACCUUGGGCAGUGCCCGGUCCACGGUCACCCUCCACACCGGCCAGCACAUCAUCCAAGGAGCCCGCACCGUGUGCGGCUCGGUAAGCCUGCAAGAGGGCCACAAGAUCCUCGCUCGAAACAUCCAUGGCAAUCAGGUCAGUUGUUUUUUUUAGCAAAACUUCCAGAUCAGCAAGGUGGGAGAAAGUCAGGAUCCCUGCACAGUUUCUCCAGGCUGACUGAUAAGUCCCCUCCCCUCUCUCCCUAUAUAUCUGCCAGUCGAUAUUGUUAAAUUGUAUCCCUAUAGCUCCCCCCCCUUAUCUUGGCAUCAGUCAUGUCCUCUCCCCCCCCCCUCCCCCCCUUCUCUAUCUGUCCAGGGAGGGUCUGGAAAGGAUUUGGGUGCAAACUCCAAAGUUACCUUCAAGUCACCUCAUAUAUAGUAGAAAUUAAAUAGAGAACACCAAAGUAGUUUCAAGAGAUUUAUUUCACCUGUGUGGACCUGGAUACAUUUCGACACAAAUACAGGAUCUCUGUCAAGCUGGGGUUCCAUAAUGCAAUAUACAGCUUAAAAACUCCCUUAAAUAACAAAUCAUAAUCAUAUACAGAAAAUAACAAAUACAUAAAAAUCAUUAUAAUUUAUACAACAAUUAUAUACAAUACAAUAAACCGUAUAAACAACCUCCUUACAUGUUUGCGUCCACAAGACAUAUCAAUUGUCAAAAGCAAUAAAAUCUGCAACAUGAAAACUGUGUUUCCUGUAUAAUGUAACAAAUAAUCAAGGUUUUGUCAGGAUCUCCAUUAGAAUAAAAAAAAAGGGGGAAUUACAUAGAUCCUGGAUUGUUAGUGGGCCAUGAGGACUGGUUUGGGAACCACUGCUCUACUGGAUACUCUGCAGCAACUUUGGAAUAUUUGCUGCUAGGGAGAUUUGAAAAUGUGGGACUGUCCCAGUGAAAUCAGAGCUAUUAGCACAUAAGCAUCUUUUGUCCACUGAAAUAGACAACACAAUUUUAAAAAUGUAAGUUAAAUUAUGUAACCUUUAUUCUCAAUGUGAUUGGUUGGGAUGUUUGAGAAAAUCAUAUUACCCUGCAAAUGUUCGGUUACUCCAAACAGGUCAACCCCAUAUUAGAGUUGUCUUGAGAGCAUUCCUUUAAAGUUGGAUAAAUUUGAAGCUCAUUUGUACCACAUUGCUGGAGGAUAAUACCAUAUAAAAGGAUGUCAGUGUAUUGUGAAAUGUGCCUCGAAUUUGCCUUAGAUUGCUCUGAAUGUGAUUUUACUAAUUAGAGAAAUGUAAGUAAAGCUUUAGAAUAGUGUAAUAAUGAUAUGAAGAAAACAAUGAACACGAUAAAAGUGUCUGAGGAAUAGCUGGGUGUUUUUCUCCUUAAAAUGAUCAGUGUAAAUUAUAUGAAGAAUUCAGUCAACCCUAGUGUUUGUCUUAAAAAACACUCCACGCACAAUAACAGUUUAAUCAAAAUAAAGUUGUUGUGGUGUUAGUAGGUCCUUGGAGUUGGCUUAACUUUAUGGGUUAAACAGUUCACGAAUGGUUUACCUCAAAAUCUCCUCUCUAGUGCCGUAUAACUCCGCCUUCUCAAGCACCAGCAUCUGCUUGCUGAAAAGCUUGUAAACAUAAACCUCAGACUUUUGCAAGCAGGGGAGCCCCUGAUAGACUUAGAGUCAACUGGUGCUCUCAUCCAGUCAGUGGCUCCUGUUCACAAAACAACCUGAGGAACAUGUGUAUUUUAAAAAAAAACUAAAACAUUUUUUAUGGUGCCCAUAGUGUUUUUUAAACCAAGAAUAAUGUGCACAGCUUAGAAAAGAAAAGAAAGGAGAAUAGGCUAGAUAUUUUCUAAUAAAUUCAAAUAAUAUUAAGGAAGUGUUUUCUGGAACGCAAAAAUGCUCUUCAGUAACAAAUAUGGUUGUAAACCUUGAGAACAGUUGUUUGCUAGUUAUUGCUUUCAAGAAAAUGUCCUGAAAAAGAGGUGGUUACUACUGAGAGUGCUCAAAAACAUAAAAUACUUGGCAGGUAACAGGCAAUUCUAGCCAGACUGCUUUCAAAAUUUAUAGUUUCAGUAUCUAUGGAAUAAUGUGGAAAUAUAUAUUUAAGGUAUAAUACAACGGGAGAUAGCCAGUUAAAUAAAUAAAUAAAUGGUACAGAAUAUGGAUAAUCAAAUAGAGAGGGAGGUCCAAUGUUUCACUUUGGCUAUCACAGAAAAGAAACAACCUGAAGACCUUCAUCCAUCUGAAAACUACAGAUUAAAAUAUACUUUCAUGGUACACACGAUGUGCUAUAAAAUAAAAGUACACUCACCUGCCCAAAUAAAAAAUACAUAAAAAAAAAAACAGUUUGAUAUAUAUAUAUAUAUAUAUAUAUACCCCCAAUGAAAAUAUGCAUGCAUUUAAUUAUGGGUUUGUUUGUUUUUGCUUUUUUUCAUUGGGUUGUAUCUAAAAACAUUUAGCAAAAUUUGAAAAUCUCAUAUGUAAAGCUUCGCCUUUAUUCCCAUCCCAGACUUUCUGUGUCUGUCCAAUCACAGACCUCCUAACGCAACCCAAUGAGAAUUCUUUGAAAGGCAGGUGCUUUGGGCAAUUUACUGUCUCUUGCGUUUAGCUCCACUGAGCUAAAGUACUUUAGGGGUCUGGAGUGUCAAUUUAAUUCUCAUCUAUACAUUUGUGUUAGCAGAAUUGCCAGCAAAUGUACAGAUUUCAUAUGUAUAGCAAGACAUGGUCCACCUCCACCUGUUAGUUAAUUUUAUCAUGAGGACUGAGUUAUAGUGGAGAGCAGGAGAACUGUUCUACAGUUGGUUGCUGUGAUACUCUUCUAGAAAGCAUGGUGUGGACUUGCUGGAAGAGCAUAGGAAUGAUAAAUGGUAAAUGAUAAAUUGACUGCAUAAAGAGAUGUUAGAACUUGAAGUGAAUCUGUUAUGAAAGGUUAAUUUAAAAUAUAAUAGAACAAGAAAUGCAGUGUAUAUUGGGGAGAGGUUUAUUGCAAAAUGUUUAAACUUCUCCCCAAUAUAUACUGCAAAUGUUUUUUGUUGUCAUCGCUUUUUUUUGUUUGUUUUUUUACUACAGGAUGACAUUGCAUAUUUGUAGCAGACCCAGGGUAACCUGACCGGAUACCUCCACUAAUUCCCUUCCUUCAACCAGUCAGGAACCAUUUACAGUAUCAAGAGACCUACCCCCACCCCCCAGUAGCCGGACGACACACAGUCCUAGAUGUACACUAAAUAUCUCAAAUCCCCAUCUAUUAAUUUACACACCAAUCUCUGAAAAGAUAGACUAUUCAUAUUUUGAGCUUUCCCAGAAUGAGAUAAUGAAGGACCUGGCAUGUUAAAUCAGCAUAUAGGAUUCAAAAUUGAGAUGAAGUCGUGUCAAAAAAGUUUCCCAUGGUGCCAUAAUAGAAGUAAACAUGUUACCUUUAGUGGCUAUAAAAAAAAAAAAUACAACAACACAUAUUGUCAUUUUAAAAAAAAUUUUUUAAACAAAUAAAAGCUGUUGUAUUCUCCAGUCCAUUUAUCGGAUCUUCCCAAUAAUAUCUGUGGACCCUUCCAAGUCAUCUCCAUGUUGUCAUCAUAUUUCCAUUUUACACUUCCUAUCUAAACAAACUCUAUUUUAUAUUUGACUCUCUAUCUCUAUCCUUAUCUUACUUCUAACCCAAUAAUCUUUUAUCUAUCCAGCCUUAUAAUAUAUUCAUUUCAACCAACUGUACCAUCUAAUCUAGGACUUCUCCCAAGUCAUCUUGGCAACUCCAUUUCUUUCUCAUCUCAGCAAUCUGGUUCCUUCAUUUAAUUUCCAAUUUGUUGCUAAUGACUGAAUGCUACAAGAAUGAUCAGGACAGGACUUCAUCUCAUGGGAAAAUGUUUACAAGUAUGUUCCCUUAAUAUAUUCUGCAUACCUAGACAGAAAAAGGGAUUCACUAUCCUAGGUCUUCUCCAGUCAUCUCUCUGGUUUCUUUCCUAACCUGUCCUGCAAUCUGUUUUUUGGCUUAUGGGUUCAACCUGUUUAAGCAUAAUUGUCACUCUAAACCAGAAAGAUUCCUUUGACUUUUGUGUUCACAAACUCUAGGAACCUCUGGUUAUUUCAAUAUCUAUAUUAUUUUGUAAUGUACAUGUUUAGUCAACACAUCAUAUACUCCUGUGAACCGAGGAAAAAGUAGGUAUCCAAUAUGUCAUCCACUUUUUAUGAAAAGGAAGAGGAAGUUCCCAGCAUCCCAGCCUUUCACAUGACAUAUUACUGGAAAGCCUUGGAUGUCCUCUUUACAAUACAGCAGGAAUUGAUAGAGUAGCUCAAAAGAAGAAAAGGAGAUGCAUGUGAACGAAAUGUCCAGUACAGAGGACACAAGUCAAUGGGCUGGGUCUCAGGGGGAGAUAGAGAGGUUUAUCAAAAAACCUCAUCUGUGUGUGGUCUUAUGUUUCUUUAUGUAAAAGAGGAGACAUUAAAAAAGUAACUAGUGCUUGAUUGAACUAAAAGCUGACCAACAUUUUCUAUGAGACAACAUAAAGCAGAAAGUUAUAUUUACCCAGCUCUUAAAUAUUAUUAAAAAUUAUAAUAGUAGAAGUAUAGUUGUACAUUACUAAUCAUUGCUAAACAAGUUCUGUAUUUAUCUAAAGAUACACAUGAAUAUUUACUAUCUGAAGCACACUGUGGACCUGCCUGGCUAGAAAUCAAAGUAAUGUUACUACUAUAUGAAAAUAUGGUUAUUUGAAUAAACUGCAAACUGUUUAAAUCAUGGAUUUCCACUGUGUUUGAGGAAAUAAAAAUCUAUUUACUUGUAUAAAACCCAUGGUGUUUACAAACACCUCUAAAUGUAACACUAAAUGCAGAAUUGCUUUAAAUAAUUGGUGAAAAAAACAGGUUUAUAGAGAGCGCAAAAGAAAAUCAGUAAUAUAGUGGAUUUUCUAAGCAAAUGCUUCAAAUUACAAUUAUCCACAAGAAAAAGUUGAUGUACAAAGCUGCCAGAUACACUAAAAACCUUCCCAAGUUUUAAAACAUCAUACACGACAUAAAUUGAAAUAAAAACAGUAUCAGCGCUUAGUUAAUAUACCCCUAUUUUUUGUAUAGGGGUCAACCACGAAAAUAUAUUAAAUAAAGAGUCCCGGUUGCAAUCUUAAUGGGGUGCUUUCAAAUGUCCGUAGGGAUUUGAUAGUUGUAACAGUAAUUGAUGUAGAAAGACUUUGUCUCUAUAUGUAUUCAACCGCUCCGUGAGAAAGCUCGUUUGAAUGAGCGAAACGCGUAGAUCGUGUUUCUGGUGGGAUUUUUGAAUUUGGAGAGACUGCAGCAAUACUGGUUAGUUGUCGUCUCAGUGAGGAUCGAUCCGAGUGCACAGGACCGGUCUGGGAUUAACAUCCACGGAGCAGUUGGAUACAUAUAGAGACAAAGUCUUUCUACAUCAAUUACUGUUACAACUAUCAAAUCCCUGCGGACAUUUGAAAGCACCCCAUUAAGAUUGCAACCGGGACUCUUUAUUUAAUAUAUUUUCGUGGUUGACCCCUAUACAAAAAAUAGGGGUAUAUUAACUAAGCCCUGAUACUGUUUUGCUUUAAAUAAUUACCAUCGACUUUCUUCACUACAUUUGUGCUCCUCUUUUUUUAAUCACCUACUGUACACACAAACUGAUAGUCGUUCACAUAGCUUUAUACACAGAUUAUGAUUACAUAUAUACUGAUUAAUUAAAUUAAUCCUACAUAGCGGCAUUGCUAAAGCCCUAUAGCUGCUUUUGAUAACCUUUCAUUGUAACCCCGAGUCCAAGCCCAGUUACAUAAUAUGUGACAAUACCACUUUAAUACAACAUAUUUGUAGUUAGUUAUAAAGUAUGGGGAUAUUGCUGUGAAUGCAGGCGUAAUGCUGCAUUUUGUGGAUGAAUGCAGAGGGUACAGGCUUAAUACCAUUGUACAGCGCUACAGAACUUGCUGACGCUAUAUAAAUAAUAAAAUAAUAACACAAAUAAUAAUACAGCAGAUUUGGGGUUAAUGUAUCAGAUCUGGGGUUUAUGCUUUGAACCUACCAAUUUGUGAUUUAGCACAAUCUUUACAUAUAUAUAUAUAUAUAUAUAUUGUAACAGAGUGUUGGGGAUGGUGGUCAGGGGUGUAUAUCUGGCACCCAGACUUUUGCACAGCCACUAUCCUGACAUGUGGGUAAGCACAUGCAGCCCCAGGGAAAGUUAAGUUUAAAUGUAGUUUUUUUUCUGUUGUUAUUUGGGUCCCUGGGGUGGAGUAUUCGGAAGAGCAGGGUGGGCCGAUUCUCCACCCACUGUCAGAGUGGUUGUGCAUGAGUCCAGCCCAGGUUUCCCAUAGAGCUCUGGCUCACUGCCUAACGAGGUCAUUAGCCUCACCUGUAGGGGCUGUGAGCAGCUAUAUAACUGCAGUUAAAGCAGGGUGAAGGGAGGGAAGUGUUUUGGAGGAGAAAGAAAGUGUUUUGUGGAGAAAGAAGAUUUGCUGUUCAUUGUAUCCUGUUACUUCACAACAACAGAAAAUAAACAGGCCAGAGGCCCUUUUGAAACUGGACUUUGUCUUGACCUGGUUUUCUUACCCUAGAGGGCUGUGCGGUUGCCAAAAGAUCCUGGACAAACACACACAGGAAAGUAAGUUUGUCACAUAUGGUGGAGAAUGCGGGCACUGCACUAAAGAAGCCUGUGGGUAUUAACUGGAAGCCAAACAAGCCUGUAGAAAUAUGGAGGAAGUUGUGAAAGUCUUGUUGCAAACUACAGCUGCACAGCAAAAGGCUACAGCCGUACAGCAGGAGGCUACAGCUGCACAACAGGAAAAUAUUACAGCCCUACAGCAACUGGUAAUUACGCAAAAGGCCAACACAGAUGCUUUGAUCCAGCAGGUUAUGGCAGCCCAAGCUGAGGCAAACCGCCUGCUCAGAGAGGAGCAACAUCAGGCCACCAGUAUGAUACAGAAGGAGAUACAGGCUUUGACCAAGGGACUGACCAGAGUCUCGGAUGGGACGCAGUCCGAGGUUAAAAUGAUCAGAGCCAGCCGUUACCUGCAGAAGAUGACACCUACAGAUGAUGUGGAAGCAUACCUGCUAGCUUUUGAGAGGACAGCUGAGAGAGAAGAGUGGCCGGUGAGUGAGUGGGCAAGCAUACUGGCACCUUUUCUUAUUGGAGAACCCCAGAAGGCUUUCUAUGACCUGGAACCAGCACAGGCAGGGGUCUACUCCAAAUUGAAGGCUGAGAUCCUUGCACGACUUGGUGUGACUAUGGCAGUUCGUGCCCAAAGAUUUCAUGCCUGGACUUUCAACCAAGAGAAGCCUAUCCGCUCCCAGAUGUUUGACCUGAUACAUCUGGCUAGAAAGUGGUUACAACCAGAAAUAAAUACGGCAAGCCAUAUCAUGGAACUUCUUGUGAUGGACAGAUUCCUGCGGGGCUUGCCUGCUUCACUGCGUCGAUGGGUCAGUCAGAGUGAUCCACAAACAGCUGAUGAGUUAAUUGGUUUGGUGGAAAGAUAUGUGGCUGCAGAUGACAGACAGUGGCUCAACAACACAAAGGCUAAGCAGAGAGUUAAGACUCCAGCUCCUGAAAGACCUGGUAAGAUUUUUCAAGAUUUCAGAGACACAGAGGAACAAGAGACAUAUUCUCAGGGACCCCAUACGCUUAUGCCUAGAAAUGUUAAUCCUGGAAAAGGGUUUAGGUGGGGGACAGUUAAUAAUAUGAAAUGUUUCCGGUGUAAUGAACCUGGACAUAAAGCUAGAGACUGUCCCUUGAUUGAUGAACCGAUGCAAUGCAAUAUGAUUAAUCAGGAUGUACAAUUGUCUUGUUUGCUGAAUUGUAUGGAAUCUGCUGUUGCCAACUGUAGUCACAAUCCACAGAUAUGUUCCAUAAGGGUGAAUGGGAAAGAGGUUAGAGCUCUAUUAGACUCCGGAAGUAUGGCGACAUUGAUAACAAAAUGCCUUGUACCUGAAGCCGAUGUUGAUGCAUUUCAGAAAAUUGGUAUAAUUUGUGUUCAUGGUGACAAACGUGAAUAUCCUACAGCUUUGCUAAAGUUUGAAAGCCUUUUCGGUACUGUUAAUCAUAGAGUGGGUGUAGUGGAUAAAUUGGCUUAUGAUGUGGUAUUGGGAAGAGAUUUUCCCCAAUUUUUAGACUUGUGGGGGUCUACAGGAAAAAUAGUUCAUGAUUGUAUAGCAAAUGAUUCUAGAAAUGUGUUCCCUUUUUCUGACAUAGAAUGGGAAGGACUAGGCAUAAGGCCAGGGAAGGCUGAAGUCUCAAGUCACAGGCCAGCUUUAGUAGGAGAUGACCAGGGCCACGAUAGUCAGGAGACCGAUAACGAUCAGGAUCAAGGCAUUAACUUCCCUGAAUUAGCCCAAUCGAGGAAAUACACCCUCCUGAUCCUGUCUUUAGACGCUGAGAAAGCAUUCGACAGGGUCAGGUGGGACUUCCUCGAUGCGGUCCUACAAACUUUUGGCUUUUUUGGGAAUAUAAGAAAAGCAAUACUGGCCUUGUAUUCAACUCCUUCUGCAAGAGUUGUGGGAGCGGGAUUCAGCUCAGAUUUUUUCUCGUUGAAAAACGGGACGAGACAGGGCUGCCCGCUCUCACCUCUUCUCUACUUAUUGACAAUAGAAGUUCUAGCGGUAGCAAUAAGGAAAAACGAGGUAAUAAAGGGCCUUAAUUUCAAAAAUGAUUGCAUUAAAUUAACAAUGUAUGCUGACGAUAUUGUAUUAACCCUAGCAGAUCCUUUAAACUCCUCUAUAGCUUUCUUUAAUACCUUAGAUGAAUACGCUUUACACUCAGGCUAUAAAAUUAAUGUCAAUAAGUCGACUGCAUUACUAAUGAAUACCCCUCAGAAUACAAGGGCAAUACUUAAGCAGAGAUAUGAAUUUAAUUGGGCGGAGGUUUCUUUUAAUUAUUUGGGAAUUGAUAUAGCAAAUGACGUUAAUAUUAUCAUGGAACUCAAUUUCCUAUCUCUUCUUAGAACUACGGCAAAGAAACUAAAAAAUUGGAAAAAUUUAGAGAUCUCAUGGUGGGGCCGUAUCAAUGUAGUUAAAUCUUAUAUUAUCCCAAAAUGGGUUUAUCUAUUUAGAAUGGUGGCAUUACCGUGCCCGGACAGCUGGUUGACCCUAGCUCAAUCCCUAUUGAAUAAAUUUAUAUGGUUACAUAAGCCUCCAAGAAUAUCCCAAAAACGCUUAGCCUUAAAAGUGAAAAAGGGGGGCCUGGGGGUCCCUAUUCUAAAAGACUUCCAAAAUGCUGCGACCUUUACACACGCAAUCAUUACUCAACUAAAUGAUAGCAAGAAUGAGAUAUGGUACAAAAUAGAACAAGAUCUUAUUUCAACUGAGGGUCCACCGAUAGAGUUGUCUGUGCUCUUUUGGCCCCUAAAAUUACAAACCGAUCAUAGAGUAAGCCCCAUUUCAUCAAGUGUUAUUCUGAACAAUGUUCUAAGGGGGUGGAAAAAAACUAAAAAUUCACUAGGUCUUUAUAAUAAGUUAAUCCCUUCCCUUUCUUUAAGAAAUAUAGCUUACUAUAUGACCAAUUUUAACGUAAAAAGCUGGAUUGAAAAAGGCAUAUACAAAUUUCAAGAUUUAAGGGAUAGAAAUGGAUGGAUGGAUUUCCAAACUUUAAAACAAACAUAUAAAAUAGACAAUAAGGAGACUUUCAAUUACCUUAGACUAAAAGGCUUUUGUCACCAAUAUGUUACCACAGAAAGGUGUGAUCGCUUAAGGGACAUGGGAAACAUCCUCGAUAGGGAUUCUCCAAAAAAACUAUUAUCUAUGGGAUUAAACCUAUUACAAAAAAACUCAGAUGAACCCUUAGAAGCUAUAAUUAAUUCUUGGCAAAGUGAUUUGGGAAAUCAGAUUACUUGUAACCAAUGGAGAGAAGCUUUAAAUCUUACCUAUAAACAUAUCCACUGUCUUAAUCUGGUGGAAUGCCAUUUUAAAAUCAUAAAUAGGUGGUAUAUGGUCCCCAGUAAAAUCAAGAAGUUUAGUAAUUCAGGUAACGCCAAUUGCUGGAGAUGCAAUGUGGAAUUUGGGAACUAUCUACAUAUAUGGUGGGACUGUAAGUAUAUACAGAAGUUUUGGAAAAUGAUCUUAUCUAGGAUAAAACUUAUUACUUUGAUUGAUUUACCUUUGGUACCACAGAUAUGCCUUUUGCAAUUAGAUAUCCACCAGGUUAGUGGUAGUUCAUUGCCGGUUAUCUUGCAUAUACUACUAGCCGCGAAACUUUCUAUUGCAAGGUAUUGGAAAAUGGAGUUGGUGCCCUCCUGGCCCAUAGUUAAGGAACAAAUUAAAUAUCAAUUGAAAAUGGAAGCUGGGUUAAAUAUAAAAUAUCAAGAACGCUAUAACUCCUGGUUGGCGAAGUUGGAGGCUGUUGUUGACUUAUAGAUAUAUGUCCUAAAUUUCUCUGGGCCUAAGUUGAUAUUGAUACUAUAUUAAGAGUGACCUCAUAUGACCAUUUGAUGUUUUGUCCUGUCAUGUCCUUUUGUAUGUGAGUUGUUUACAGUGAGAUUUUUAAACAACAUAGGUGUUUUACUAAACGUAACUAUACUACUUCAAACUUUUAUGGAAAAAGUAAUGAUGUUAAGGAUGUUAUGUGUAUCUUACUGUACAUGUUUUAUACGGGAUGUUUUGUUAUUUGUAUUUUUCUCUGUUGUUAAUUCUAUUGUGUUAAAAAAAAGAAAAAAAGCGGAGUUGAUGUCUCCGAAUAAAGAUUAUAUAUAAAAAAAAAACUUCCCUGAAUUAGAAGUCAGUCCUUUUAACUUCAGGAAAGCGCAGUGGGAAGACCCCACUCUUGCAGAGGCCCGAAAAAAUAUCCAGGUUUCAACUGAUGAUCCAGUACAACUAGAUAGAGCCCCUUCUUUUCCUUAUUUUGAGGUACAGAAUGAUUUGAUCUAUAGAGUAGAGAAAAAGGGGAUGGAUGUUGUAAAACAACUACUUGUUCCUAAGCCCUUCAGACAUACAGUCCUAAAUCUUGCACACAGCCAUAUCCUGGGGGGACAUUUAGGCAUAGAAAAAACAAGAGAAAGAGUCUUACAGAGGUUUUACUGGCCUGGGGUGUUCGCUUCAGUUGCAAAUUAUUGUUCUUCUUGUCCUGAAUGCCAACACACCGCCCCUUUUAAGGCAUAUCGCAGUCCUCUGGUACCAUUGCCUAUAAUAGAAAUACCUUUUGAGAGGAUUGCAAUGGACUUGGUGGGUCCUCUGGUAAAGUCUGCAAGGGGGCAUCAGUAUAUAUUGGUGAUUCUGGAUUAUGCUACCAAGUACCCAGAAGCAAUACCCCUACGUAACACCUCUGCAAAGACAAUAGCGAGAGAACUCAUGCUCAUGUUUAGCCGGGUGGGCAUACCAAAAGAAAUUUUGACAGAUCAGGGUACACCAUUUAUGUCUAAAGUUACAAAGGAAUUAUGCAAACUACUUCAAAUUAAACAUCUUAGGACUUCUGUUUAUCAUCCCCAGACAGACGGACUGGUAGAACGGUUUAACAAGACCUUAAAAAGUAUGUUAAGAAAAGUAAUUGACAAAGAUGGUAAGAAUUGGGACUGCUUACUACCCUAUCUAAUGUUCUCCAUAAGGGAGGUGCCACAAGCUUCUACGGGCUUCUCUCCUUUUGAGCUUCUAUAUGCCCAUCAUUCCAGAGGUCUACUAGAUAUAGCAAAAGAAACCUGGGAACAGGAAUCCAAUCCGUACCGUAGUGUAAUUGAGCACAUAGCUCAAAUGCAAGAUAGGAUGGCGGCUGUCAUGCCAAUAGUUAAAGAACAUAUGCAGAAAGCCCAAGAUGCCCAGAAAAACAGUUAUAAUAAAAAUGCCAGACUGAGAGUUUUUCACCCAGGAGACAGGGUACUUGUUUUGGUCCCUACAGUAGAAAAUAAAUUUCUAGCAUCUUGGCAUGGCCCAUAUGAGGUUAUUGAACAGGUUGGAGAAGUUAAUUAUAAAGUGAGACAACCCGAUAGGAGGAAACCUGAGCAAAUAUAUCAUAUUAAUUUACUAAAACCCUGGAAGGACAGAGAGGUCUUAACUACUUCAGUUGUCACUGAUAAGACUAGUAGUGAACUUGAAGUAAAUAUACCAGACACCCUGUCCCCCCACCAGAAACAGGAAGUAAGGGACUUCAUUGGUAGAAACCGGGAUGUAUUUUCCGUAGUUCCGGGCAGGACUAACGUUAUCAAGCAUGAUAUUGUUACAGAACCAGGGGUGAAGAUAAGCCUUAAACCAUACAGAAUCCCAGAAGCACAGAAAGAGGCUGUAACUGCUGAAAUUAAGAAAAUGUUAGAUCUUGAUAUUAUUGAGGAAUCCCAAAGCGAGUGGAACAGCCCUAUAGUACUGGUGCCAAAACCUGAUGGCUCGAUAAGAUUUUGUAAUGAUUUUCGUAAAUUAAAUAGUGUGUCAAAGUUUGAUGCUUAUCCAAUGCCUAGGGUUGAUGAACUGAUAGAGAGACUGGGUAAGGCUCGGUACCUGACUACUUUAGACCUGACAAAGGGUUAUUGGCAAGUACCUCUUACAGACAGAGCAAAAGAAAAGACAGCUUUUUCUACAUCAGGGGGAUUAUUCCAAUACAAGGUGCUACCAUUUGGGUUACAUGGGGCCCCUGCCACUUUUCAGAGACUGAUUGAUAGGAUUUUGAAGCCUCACAGCCGUUAUGCGGCCGCAUACUUAGAUGACAUAGUCAUUCACAGUCCUGACUGGGCUUCACAUCUUCCCAAAGUGCAGGCAGUACUGGACUCUAUCCGCUUAGCUGGUUUAACUGCUAACCCAUCUAAGUGUACUAUAGGUUUGGAAGAGGCAAAAUAUCUGGGUUAUUCGAUUGGGAGAGGACUAGUUAAGCCCCAAACAGCAAAAGUAGAGGCCAUACAAAAUUGGCCACGCCCCCUCACUAAAAAGCAAGUUAGGACUUUCUUGGGACUUAUUGGGUAUUACAGGCGAUUUAUUCCUGGUUUUGCUACAUUAGCAGCUCCUUUAACGGAUCUCACAAAAGGUAAAGCCCCACUAGUGGUUAAGUGGUCAGUAGAGGCAGAAAAAUCGUUUGUAACUUUGAAAGAGGCUUUGUGCACCCAACCGGUUCUGGUAACCCUGGAUUUCACUAAAGAGUUUAUUGUCCAAACCGAUGCAUCAGAGCUUGGGUUAGGGGCAGUUCUGUCUCAGGAAAUUCAGGGUGAAGAACACCCAGUGUUUUAUUUAAGUAGGAAGCUGACUCCCGCUGAGAAAAAUUAUUCUAUAGUGGAAAAGGAAUGCCUUGCCAUAAAAUGGGCCUUAGACUCAUUGAAAUAUUAUCUGCUGGGUAGAAAAUUUAGGUUGGUCACAGACCAUGCCCCCUUAACCUGGAUGAGUCAAAACAAAGAUAAUAAUGCCAGGGUGACAAGGUGGUUCCUCAGCUUACAACCAUUUCAUUUUACGGUUGAACAUAGGCCAGGGUCUAAACAUGGAAAUGCUGACAGUUUGUCGCGAGAAAAUUUGUUUUCUGUGGUCGCUCACCCCACUAGGUCUGAGCUGGGGGGGAGGAUAUGUAACAGAGUGUUGGGGAUGGUGGUCAGGGGUGUAUAUCUGGCACCCAGACUUUUGCACAGCCACUAUCCUGACAUGUGGGUAAGCACAUGCAGCCCCAGGGAAAGUUAAGUUUAAAUGUAGUUUUUUUUCCUCUGUUGUUAUUUGGGUCCCUGGGGUGGAGUAUUCGGAAGAGCAGGGUGGGCCGAUUCUCCACCCACUGUCAGAGUGGUUGUGCAUGAGUCCAGCCCAGGUUUCCCAUAGAGCUCUGGCUCACUGCCUAACGAGGUCAUUAGCCUCACCUGUAGGGGCUGGGAGCAGCUAUAUAACUGCAGUUAAAGCAGGGUGAAGGGAGGGAAGUGUUUUGGAGGAGAAAGAAAGUGUUUUGUGGAGAAAGAAGAUUUGCUGUUCAUUGUAUCCUGUUACUUCACAACAACAGAAAAUAAACAGGCCAGAGGCCCUUUUGAAACUGGACUUUGUCUUGACCUGGUUUUCUUACCCUAGAGGGCUGUGCGGUUGCCAAAAGAUCCUGGACAAACACACACAGGAAAGUAAGUUUGUCACUAUAUAUAUAUAUAUAUAUAUAUAUAUAUAUAUAUAUAUAUAUAUAUAUAUAUAUAUCCAGCAUUUAAUAUUCUUGCGUAUGGUAUUAUCUACAGAGUAAAAUUGAUAUCUUCAUUACACAAUUACAUGAUUACAUUUAUCACAUUUAUUCUGUUGCUCCGCCAUGCCAAAAAGAUGACAGAAUAGUGUGAUUUUCUGUGCCAAAUCCUAGCAGUAACAUUUCACCUAACUUUGUGGAAGGUUAGAUAAGAAGUCAGGAUAGUAUGAUGUGUGGCUGUCUAUGAUGUGUAGCAGAUAGCACAUCCUUUGCUGUUUGCUGAACUAAUUCUCAGAAUGACAACUACUGUUAUAAAACCACAUAUACUGCUCAGCUGUCAUCCGCAGUGUCAGGUAUCUAUUAACUCUAUUAAUAUGAAUAAUAUGUGGAUUCAUGUAUUUCAGAUUAAGUACACUUGGCCAGUUUUGGAAAUGAUGUUGAUUUAUAUUUUUCUGGUGUACCGGGUUACCAUUUAGAAAAAGUAACAGCACAAGUAAAAAAUGUGUGAAAUUUCAACUCUUCUAUGUGCACCAACAUUUUUGAUCAUAGAACUUAUCAAAAUUUCAGCCUAUACUUUAUUUUUUUUAUCACAUUAAAUAACGUUCAAGAAACACUCAAAGAUGAUCUGAAGAAUCUAUUAUGUUACAAUAAAAAGGACACCCUACACCAGUUUGAUCUUAUACGAUGUUAUUGUACAAAUAGUUUUCUGCCUCAAGAUAAAUUGCAGAAUAUUGAUUUAGCAGCACAACAAUAUGCCCUCCAAAGAUAUGUUGCAUGCAAAGAAAAAGUCUAUCCAGUGAAAUAAAUGUGUCCCACUGUGCUUCGGCAUUGAAGAUUGAUGACAAUACAAUGAGACAGUUAAGAGAUGAACACAAUAACAGAUCGUUUUGCAUUAAAUGAAGAUGACCUUGAAAAAAGGUCAUGAUAGUGACACAGAAUAUACUAGAGAGUAAAAUUAAAAAAAAUUAAAAACAUUAUAUAUGCAAUAUUUUAACUCAUCAGCUCAAGUACAGAGCUUGGAACCUAGAUAUGAGAUAACUUUGUAUAUUACGAUAGAAGUGUGUCUAUAGCUAUGUGGGUGGCUUUUCUGUUCUUCAGGUGAGCUAAACUCCAGCGUGUGCCUCGAUAGUAAAUGUCCCUGUCAAAUUAGAAAUACUUUAAAUCAAAUUGUAAUGGCUGCUUUUGUGGGGGGUGGUUUUAUGUUCUGAAUGAAAAUAUUUGGGAAGUAUUCAGCACUUGAAUGAGCAGUGAAUGAUGCUUCAAAGUAAUACGAGCAUAAACAGAGCAUUUUCUAUAUAAAAGUGACAUCAAUAAAUUACAAAUAAACAAACAAAGGUUACCAGACUGUGUAGAGCAGAGAGUCAGUAAGACAAAAGCAUUUUUAUUUCUCAAAGGCUGUAUAGUUAUGCCAAGUUUAGCAACUGUACACCUCCACCUAGUGGCCAGAUUUAUAAUGGCUGAUGAAUGGAAUGGAAAGUAAUUCUGCUACGGCCUCAAUUUAAUAUUUUUAUUUUUUAAUUAUAUUAAUUCUUUGGAUAGAUCCCUCCAGUCCAAAAUAAAAUCCACAUUUGAAUUCACAGACUGGUAUCUUACUAGAGUUAUACUAGAUCAACCACCAAUCAUGGAACGGAAUGUGACACCCCUGCCUAACACCACCCACCCCAUGUUGCCUCAGCCUAUAAUUCUAUUAAAGCCAAUAAAUUAUGUAUUGAGCCUACUUUAAAAAUGCAGAGGGUGAGAGAGCAUUCUCUUUGUUUAUGUUUUAUAUUAUUUUAUUUAAUUAUCAUGAUGUUUAAAAAAAAUUAAAUAUUGUACAUCUGUUUUACUCUCCAUCGCACCACGACAAAUAAAAGAGUUUAAAACUAAAAUAUUAAAUCAUUUGAAAAGUUUAUCCAACAUAUUAAAUGAUGCCAAUGAAUGUGAAACUGCACAAAUACACCCAAUGAACAAAGCUAAUUUUUUUGUAAAACAUUCUAGUAUAAAGAACUUUUUUGCUCACCUUUGCUGAUCCUUGAAAUGUUGCUUAAAUGAGAAAAUGCAUAGGUAAGUUACGAGUUGGUCUAUUGCAACAGGAUUUUGGUGAACCAAACCAUUUGAUUUGUCAUUCACAUGCUCAUCAACAAAUGCUAAGUGCUUUGUACAGUAUCACAUAUAAGCAUUUCAGACUUCUGAUUUUAGGAGCCUGUAAUCAACUCCAAAUAUGUAUGCCUGGGUGGUACAACCUCACCUAUGGAUAUGAUUGUUGUUCUGCUCUUUUGGUGAAAGACUUUUACGGCCAGUACGUGACUUCUGCAUACACGUGUACACAGAUGUGGCCUCUCUUUCCAGGUGUUAGGGGAUUUUCAUUUGGAUGCGCAGAAGUGUGGUAGCAAGAAUUACCG